AUGGCUUCCUCUUCUUCUGAACCUACUAAACCUGAAGAAUAUGGUGGCGGCAGCAGAGGAGGUGGAGAAAGCUCGGAAGCGGCGGCGUUCCCCUUAGACACUGAUAAACUUUUACUGUAUAGAGGCCUGAAGAAAGCGAAGAAAGAGAGAGGUUGUACUGCGAAAGAGCGCAUCAGUAAAAUGCCCCCUUGCACCGCUGGAAAGCGAAGCUCCGUUUAUCGUGGUGUCACUAGGCAUAGAUGGACCGGUCGUUAUGAAGCUCAUCUUUGGGAUAAAAGUACCUGGAAUCAAAGCCAAAACAAGAAGGGAAAACAAGUUUACUUGGGGGCUUAUGACGACGAGGAAGCUGCAGCGAGAGCUUAUGAUCUUGCUGCUCUAAAAUAUUGGGGCCCUGGAACGCUCAUAAACUUUCCUGUGAAAGAUUAUACAAGAGACCUUGAAGAGAUGCAAAACGUCUCAAGAGAGGAUUAUCUUGCAUCACUUCGAAGAAAGAGUAGUGGUUUCUCAAGGGGUAUCUCCAAAUACCGCCCCCUCGCCAGUCGUUGGGAUUCACAAUUUGGUCGUAUGCCUGAAGCUGCUUACUUCAACAACACACUCUAUGGUUCCGGUGACGAGAGAAGCAUAGAAAGUGAGUAUGCAGGUGGUUUCUGCAUAGACAGGAAGAUUGAUUUGUCAAGUUACAUCAAAUGGUGGGGAGCAAACAAAUCCAGUCAGACUGAUUCUCAUGCAAAAUCAUUAGACGGAACAAAACAUGGCUGUCCAGAGGACAUUGGUAGUGAGCUUAAAGCUCUAGAGAGGUCAAACAAGCCCACUGAACCCUAUGAGAUGCCCUGUCUAGGCUUGCCUCUGGAAGGAAAAAAGCACAAAACAGUGUCUGCUAUGAGCAUUUUGUCACAGUCAGCUGCAUAUAAAAGCCUGCAAGAGAAUGCACUUAAAAAGAAGGAAAAGGAUGAAAAUGACGAGAAUGAAAACAAAAGUAGCAUAAAGAAAAUCGACCUUGGGAAGUCGGUUGAGAAAUCAUGGCAUGAUGGUGGAAAUGAGAGACUUGGAGUUGCAUCUGGGAUGGCUGGAGGAUUAUCUAUGCAUAGAAAUGCAUAUCCACUAGCUCCUCUUUUGUCUGCACCACUUCUUACGAAUUAUAAUACUAUUGAUCCCUUGUCAGAUCCUGUUCUUUGGAGUUCUCUUGUUUCUGUCCUUCCUACUGGAUCUUCACACACAACUGAGGUUAUGAAGAACGAAUCCAGCUCAGAUUAUACUUUCUUUCAGCAAGGAGAUUAA